AAAAACUAGAGUAAUUGGGACAGGACAGGAGUACAGGAACAGGACACCAAAAACACACACACACAGACGAAGAAGAAGAAUAAGAAUAAAUAAGUGGGAGGAGGGAGACACCGUCGUAAGAGCGGUUGUCUCCGAGAGGGGAUGAAGAAGGAGGAGGCAUUAAUAACGGGGCACGUGAUAGUGGUAACAGGUGCAAUCAUAUAUAUAUAUGCAUCGACUGUAAUUGUAUUUGUAAAUCAGUGGUUUGGGAUCCGGUCCUCUCCUGGUGUCAUCAACGCCUUCCUUUUCACUUGUCUUUCCAUCAUAUGUAUCUUCAAUUACCUCCUUGCUAUGUGUUUGGAUCCGGGUCGGGUUCCUCCUUCCUUUGUACCCGACAUCGAGGACUCCCUGAAUCACCCCAUUCACGAGAUUAAACGAAAGGGCGGGGACUUAAGAUACUGCAAAAAAUGCUCACUCUACAAGCCGCCUCGAUCCCACCAUUGUCGUAUAUGUAAACGUUGUGUUUUGAGAAUGGAUCACCAUUGUGUAUGGAUGAACAAUUGUGUGGGUCACGCAAACUAUAAAGCUUUCAUUGUCUUUGUUGUGUAUGCUCUGCUUGCAUGCAUAUACUCUCUGAUUUUGCUUGUAGGAAGUUUAACUGUUGAGCCUCAGCAAAGCAGAGGAUCUUACAGAACUAUAUAUAUCAUUUCUGGGCUGUUGCUAAUUCCACUGAGCAUGGCUUUAGGUGUCUUCUUGGGGUGGCAUAUCUACCUUACCAUACAAAACAAAACCACAAUAGAGUAUUAUGAAGGCGUGAGGGCAAUGCUGCUUGCAGAACAAGGAGGCAAUGUGUACUCACAUCCGUAUGAUCUUGGGGUCUAUGAAAACUUGAUUACCGUGUUGGGUCCGAAUAUACUUUGUUGGGUUUGUCCCGUGUCAGGCUACAUAGGAUCUGGUCUCCGCUUCCGAACAAUAUAUGAUCAUAUUCAUGCGGCUUCAGCUAGUUGACAAAGUUAUCGGAUCUAGGAGGAUACAUGUAAAAACUGGACCAGCUAAUGAUAGGCUUAACAGAAGUACUAACCUGUCGGGUUUAAUUUUUGGAGGUGGAUCGGGAUUCGGGAGUUAGGUGACAGUUUGCUAUAGUAAUUGUUGGAUGCAAUAAACAACACCCACUGUAAGGUUUUUUAAGGGAUGAUAGUUAUGUAUAGCUACAGCUAGGUAAAGGAAAAUGUGUUUGUAUGCUCCUUGAACAUGAUUUUGAUAAUUGUGUUAUUUAUUCUUUCAGGCACAAAUGUUGCUUUUUCUCUUC